AGGCUUAGCCAGCAACAAGUUCACUGGAAAACUUUCUUUCGUUUCAACCCUCUCUACUAGAAUGGAGACCCUGACUAUCAACAACAAUCAGUUCAGUGGUUCCAUUCCUUCUAUCAUUGGCUCUCGCUUUCUCAGACUGCAAUAUCUUGAUGCCUCUCACAACUACCUUUCAGGCCCGAUUUCGAUUCUUCCAUGGUUCAAAAUGGACCUUUCAAACAACUACUUGACAGGUCUUCUGAAAGGUUCAGCCUCCCUUGACAGCCGUCUUGCCGUCAACUGUUUCACGCAGCCCAAAUGUCCCGGCACGCAGCCCAACUGUUCCUCCACGCAGCGUACUGCAGCUGAGUGCACCGCAUUCUGUGGUGGCGCGAGUGCUUGUGAUGGCCGUGGCAUCUGCUAUCCAGACGGGCCCAGUUUGGUGCCAACGUGCUUGUGUGAACCGGGAUACGUGCAGAUUGGGCGGUUCCAUUGUUUUGCACAAGGUUGGGAUCGUCGCCUCUUUGUCAGCAUGCCUGUUCUUCCCAUAUUCACCAUUCUCACCAAGGGAACGCAGCGACAGACAGUCGGAAAGUUUAUGGCAAGGCCAGUAACCCUUUUCGCAUACCCAAAGCGUCUGACCACGGGAUGUGGCGUGGAGCUGGCUUUCAGUGUGAACUUUACAUUCUGCCUCGUUCCCCAGAAUGGUACUGCCGGGUCCAACGGCUUUGCAUUUGUGAUAGCCGCGAAGGGGAAGGUGGGCAAAGCUGAUGAUUCCAGGGUGAAGCCAGAGACGCCACUGCUGCAGAGGGAGCUGUUGCUGUGCACGGUGCUGCAGCCUAGUGCGCAGCAGUCGGCUUUCUCCUUUGGCUUCGUGGCGUCCACCACUGUGAUGCCCUUUCAGAUGCAUUCCAUUGUCAAGUCCGCCAUGCGAACAGGCAAGUGA